UAGCCAUGUCCAAGAAAUUAGAGAAGAGGCGGAAGAGUCAGACAAGUCCUACUCCAGAACUCCUGCUCUUCAAGCAGCACGGCUACCCCUGAUUCACAAUACCCAAUCGGCAACUGGGUCUGCAAGAGUGCAAGCGACAGAGGGGAGGACCUCGCCUCACGCCCGGACGCCGUUACCGCGCUAAGAAGCUACCGUGGCACGCCUCCAGCCGCCUCCGGUCCUCCAGGCCUCCGCUCGCAGCCUCGCAGGGCUCGCUCAAUCGCUGAAGACCUGAAGGGCUGGUCGCUGGGAUACUGCCUGGCUCUUGCUGACUGUGCUUACAGGGUACUCAUUUUAUCCAGACCCUUCCUAAAUGGAUAAGAGGAAAGGAAUUCUGGUGAGCUCAAAAGCAGAGCUUAAGCGGAGGGAGAAGGAGCAGAAGAAAUCUAAGUCAGGAGGGUUCGAAUCGCUGGGGCUUAGCCCUAAUGUCUUUAGAGGAGUCAAACGUAAGGGUUAUAGAGUCCCCACACCAAUUCAGCGGAAGACCAUGCCACUUAUCCUUUCUGGGAAUGACGUUGUUGCCAUGGCUCGGACUGGGUCUGGAAAAACUGCUGCAUUUCUGGUCCCCAUGAUCGAAAAGCUCCAGCAGCACGUGCCUCAAGCUGGAAUUAGAGCUCUCAUACUUUCGCCCACCCGAGAUUUGGCCCUUCAGACUCUCAAGUUCACCAAAGAGCUGGGUCGCUUUACAGAUCUUCGUGUCAGCUUAUUAGUUGGUGGUGAUAGUAUGGAAAGCCAAUUUGAAGAGUUGGCACAAAGUCCAGAUAUUAUAAUUGCAACUCCAGGAAGACUUAUGCAUCAUUUAUCAGAGGUAGAUGAUUUGUCACUGCGCACGGUGGAAUAUGUAGUUUUUGAUGAAGCCGAUUGCCUAUUUAGCAUGGGUUUCGCUGAGCAAUUGCAUACAGUUCUCACCCAUCUAAGUGAGAAUCGUCAAACUUUACUUUUCAGUGCAACUUUGCCAAGCGCCCUUGCUGAGUUUGCCAAGGCUGGUCUUCGAGACCCUCAGCUUGUGAGGCUUGACUUGGAGACUAAGAUAAGUCCCGACUUGAAGCUUACAAUUUUUACUCUAAGACAGGAAGAGAAACAUGCUGCUGUGUUAUACCUGAUUAGAGAACAAAUUAAGUCUGACGAGCAGACAUUAAUUUUUGUUGCCACCCAGUACCAUUUAGAGUUUCUUAACAUUCUCUUGAGAGAUGAAGGUAUUGAUGCCUCUGUUUGUUAUGGAAAAAUGGAUCAAGAUGCCCGCAAAAUCCACGUUUCAAAGUUUAGGGCAAGAAAGACAAUGCUUCUCAUUGUGACUGAUAUCGCAGCCAGGGGUAUUGAUAUCCCAUUGCUUGAUAAUGUCAUUAACUUUGAUUUCCCUUGCAAACCUAAACUCUUUAUCCAUCGAGUCGGUCGAGUUGCACGGGCUGGUCGAACUGGUGCUGCCUAUUCUUUUGUCACGCCCGAAGACAUGCCUUACUUAUUAGAUCUUCAUCUUUUUCUCUCGAAACCAAUCAAGGCUGCUCCAUCUGAGGAAGAAGUUUUAAUGGACAUUGAUGGGGUCAUGUCCAGAAUGGAUCUAGCCAUUGUGAACGGAGAAACUGUGUAUGGACGUUUCCCCCAAACAGCGUUAGAUCUCCUCUCGGAUAGAGUUAGAGAGAUCAUUGAGUCAUCUACUGAGCUGAUUUCUCUACAAAAACCGUGCAAGAAUUCAUUUCGAAUUUACUCAAAGACAAAAGCAAAGCCUUCUAAGGAAUCUGUUAAGAGAGCAAAAGAACUUCCUCGUGAAGGAUUGCAUCCACUUUUCAAGCAUGUUCUCGGUGGUACUGAGUUAACAGCAUUAGCCUUUUCUGAACGUCUAAAAACCUUCAGACCUAAGCAAACCAUCCUGGAAGCCGAAGGUGAAGCCGCUAAGUCUAAACAUCAAGGUAAUCAUUGGGUUGAUGUGAUGAAGAUGAAAAGAGCUGUCCAUGAGGAGGUCAUAAAUAAAGUUCGCCAACAGCGCCUGAGUGAUCAUUUGUCUUUGACAAAGCUUUAUGAUGAUACUGAUGACUGCAUAUCCACACGAGUCAAGGAGAAACAAGUUUCCGGAUCUAAAAGAAAGGCCAAGAGCUUCAAAGAUGACGAGUUCUUCAUAAGUUCUGUUCCAACGAAUCAGCAUUUUGAGGCUGGACUUUCUGUGAGAUCCAAGCAAGGAUUCGAAACCAAUAGGUUGGAUGCCGCUGUACUAGAUUUAGUAGCUGAUGACAAAGAUGGGAUGCAUAAGCAAAAAACUACAUAUCAUUGGGACAAGAGGAGUAAAAAAUACAUCAAGCUGAAUAGUGGGGAUCGUGUGACUGCUAGCGGAAAGAUCAAGACAGAGGGAGGUGAAAAGGUAAGAGCCAACAAAACUGGGAUAUACAAAAAAUGGAAAGCCGUUACACACAAGAACAUUUCUCUCAAUGGAAACAACAUGGAAAGUUCUGUUGGGGAAUCAACAAGUUCAGCUGGUGCUAUGGGAAGAGUUCAAGGUGGCCAUGCUAAGUUCCAACAUGGAAGGAAGCGUCAAUCGAUACCCAAUGCACAUGUUCGGUCAGAAAUCAAAGACCGUGAACAAGUUCGAAAGGAGAGGGAGAGGAAGGCAAACCGAAAAGCUCACUUGAAGACUAAAUCCUCCAGCAAGAAUAACAAGGGGAAGAAGUUCAAAAGAGACGGAGGGGGCAAGAAGAAUUGGAAUGCUAGAUAGUUUUGAUGUUGCAAGAUUUUAAUUUUAACCCCCCCCCCCCCCCCCCCCCCCCCCCCGAAAUAACUGGUCUUCAAAAUUUUUGACAUCAACUAUAUAUUAAAUAGAGUGCAUUAGUUUUGUUUAUUGGAUUCUGUAGGAUCGGAUUGAGCUAUAUUGAACUACUAAUGUAAUACUCCCUAGUCUCAUCUAAAGUGACUGAUAAUUUUUUUUUUUGGCCAAGGAGAUUCUUUGAUAAAUUGUACUUUUAUUUUAUAAAUGUUGUUGAUAGUUUAUCUAAACUAUCUUAUUACUUCUGUUCUAUUUA